AUGGCGUUGGUUCCUCAUCCCUCUCCUCCGGGCGUGCUCGGAUUGCAACACGCGCCACACUUCAACCAAAUGAAUGGUGGUGGUGCUCCAGUGGACGCGCACAUGCAGCGACAACGAUUACUGGCACAACUCAACGAAUCUACAUGGCAAAGAAUAGGUUCACUGAAUGAGUUACUUGGCGACAAUGAAGGCGCUUUGUUCGCAUAUGAACAAGCUCUGCGACACAACCAAUGGUCGCCUACGACCUUGAAUGCGAUCUCUGGCAUCCUUCGCACCAAGGAGAAAUAUCCAGAGGCCAUGGAGUAUCUCAAGAACAUCCUCAAGGUAGAGCCCGCUAACGGCGAGGCUUGGGGGAAUUUAGGUCAUUGUUACUUGAUGAUGGACAACCUACAGGAAGCGUACACCGCCUAUCAACAGGCCCUGUACUAUUUACCCGAUCCUAAGGAACCGAAGCUCUGGUACGGCAUAGGCAUUCUAUACGACCGAUACGGCUCCUUGGAACACGCUGAAGAAGCCUUUUCCCAAGUUAUGCGCAUGCAGCCAGAUUUUGAGAAGGCCAAUGAGAUCUAUUUCAGACUCGGCAUAAUAUACAAGCAGCAACAAAAAUUCCAGCAGAGUUUGGAGUGCUUCAAGUACAUUGUUAAUGACCCACCGCGACCACUGAAUGAAGAAGACAUCUGGUUCCAGAUUGGCCAUGUCUACGAGCAGCAGAAAGAUUUCGAAGCUGCAAAGUCUGCAUAUCGGCGCGUGUUGGAAAGAGACCCGAAGCACGCAAAGGUUCUUCAACAACUUGGCUGGUUACACCAUCAGCAGAGCAACAGCUACCAGAGCCAGGAGCAAGCUAUCGAGUAUCUGGAACAAUCUGUGAGCUCAGACAAUCAAGAUGCUCAGAGCUGGUACCUUCUCGGAAGAUGCUAUAUGGCUCAACAGAAGUUUCCCAAAGCAUAUGAAGCAUACCAGCAAGCCGUCUACCGAGACGGACGCAAUCCAACAUUUUGGUGCUCUAUUGGUGUUUUAUAUUAUCAGAUCAAUCAAUACCGUGAUGCUCUAGAUGCAUACUCGCGUGCCAUUCGACUGAACCCUUACAUUUCGGAAGUGUGGUAUGACCUCGGAACUUUGUACGAGUCGUGCAACAACCAAACAUCGGACGCCCUCGACGCAUACGCCAGAGCUGCGGAGCUUGACCCUACCAACACUCACAUCAAGGCGCGUCUUGCUCUUCUUCGAAGCGGUGUUCAAACCGGGCCCAACCAGCACAACGCUCCGGUGCCACAAGAUGUCCAUCCACAGGCCUAUCAAAAUGGCGUCGGUGUGCCUCCUGGUCCACAAUGGGGAGCCCCUUCUUCAAACAAUCAACAGUCUCAACAGGCUCCUGUUGACCCUGCCAGGGUCAGCGAUUGGACAAGAGGCAUUGCUGGCAUUCAGCAACCACCGCAGCCUAACGGCUUGGAAGGUCGGGAUAGCAUGAGAGCUCCUCCUCCUCGUGCGCCCAGCCCACGUCAGGAAGCCUCGCGACCGUAUGACUCAGCUCGGCAAACACCUAGCAGGAAAAGGCAAUCGCCAUCGCCUAAGUUGCAGCAGCAAUCUGUGCCUGGGAUGUAUGCUCCUGGCCCUCAGACUCUGCCUCAGGUCAACCUGCAGGACCGUGGGCCUGGUUUCAAUGGCGGCGUCCGUCCAUCUCCUACCAUGAGCGGAGCUCCUCCUCCACCCACUAAUGGCAACACUCCCGGAACAACACUGCCUCCAUAUGGGCGACCUUUUAGUCCCCCUAGUGAGUUGAGGCCUCUGCGGGACGAGCAUCCUCAGUCGCCGGGCGCUACAUUCCGCCAACAGCCGUACCAUUCCGGGGGCCCCUUCCCUAGCAUCGCGAAUGGAAUGCCUUCAGCCGCGCCACCGCUACCAGCUACUGCAGAAGGACCAGCACGUGAUGAGCGGCCACCGUCUGCCAUGAAGCGAUCCCGGGAAUGGGAGGGUGAACAGGGACCAUCUAAAAAGCUAGCUAGCGAGGAGACCCGUGCCCGUCUUGAUGAUCCAAGCCGUCGGAACAGUCCUCCAGGUCGCCUGCCCACCCCUAAGGAGCAUUUCAGACGUAGCUCGUCUGAAGUGCGUCGCGAGAACGAACGACGGGCAAACGAGAAUUAUCAUCCCUCUGAGGCAGCUCACAACCCUUACAGUCUACCUCCGCAACAAAUCCCCUCUAUGCAAUCGAUAUUGGACGGCCCGAAAGAAGCGCCACAACAAGAGCAUGUUGAGCAGGCAGCACGCAAAGUGGACGUCGACGAAGACUAUGACAACAACAGUGAAGACGACAAGAGGGCAGCCGCUGGACAGGCGAUAAGUAGUCCUCAAGUUGGAGGUCCUCAACCUCCUCCAUCUGCGACCCCGAAGACGGAGAACGCUUCAUGA